ACGACAAACGCAAAAACGAAAAAAGCAAAAAGAAAAAAGAGAAAACGCAAAAAGAAAAACGACAAACGCAAAAAGGACAAACGCAAAAAGACAAACGACAAACGCAAAAAGACAAACGACAAACGCAAAAAGACAAACGACAAACGCAAAAAGAAAAAAGAAAAAAACAAAAGAAAAAAAAAAAAAAAAAAAAAAAAAAAAAAAGAAAAAAAAAAAAAAAAAAAAAAAAAAAAAAAAAAAAAAAAAAAAAAAAAAAACGACAACGAAAAAAGAAAAACGCAAAAAGACAAA